UUGUGUUCUUUGUCAAAUAGGUAGUUCAGUCCAAUUCUGACAGACAUAUUCAUAACCUUUAGAUGAAGUGUUAUGUGGAAAAUAAAAGAUAUUAUUCUAUUGCCGAUUUUUGGAGUUCAUCUUAUUAUCAGUGGAUUGAAAAGUGAUCGCUUUUCUACAAUGUGUCACCAUGGUAUGAUAAAUCACUCUGAAGUUGUAACUCAUGUGGUGUCUUCGAAUGUGCAAAAACUUAUUCGUCGUAAUGCACAAACAGAAUUAAGAAUUCAUACCCAUUAUGAUAGGUCAAUUAAAUCUCUCAAAAAUUUCCAGGAUAUUAAGAGAGAUGUAAUUGAAGUAGCAAUUGAGUUUUGGGAAAAUGUUCUACUGUUACGUCAGUCUCAUACCGUGCCCAGUAGAUUAACACUUGACAGAGUUUGUGUUGAUGGUGCUACAAAGUUGAUGACUUUUGAUAAUCAACUCUUGACAUUUUGUGUCAAUGGGUGUGUGGAAUGGACAAAAUGUGGACCUAUAAACAUUCCAGUGUCACAUUUAAAUCAGUGCAGGUUUAUUUAUAAUGGAACCUCAAUGAUUUCAGGUCACAAGGGCGAAGGUAUAUACCGUGCCAACUUCAUACUCUAUAUUUCAUCGCUUAGAACACAUAGAUGUAAUACUGCAAAAGUCCUAGGUUAUGCUGCACACUGUCAGCUAGAAGCUAAUACUGAUCGCCCUAUGGCUGGCUACAUCAAUUUCUGUCCUGAUACAUUAAGUAAUGAAUAUAACGAUAAAAUGCGUUCACUGUUUGUUGCUACGCAUGAAAUAUUACAUUCACUAGGAUUCUCUACUAGUUUGUUUGCAUUCUACAGAGAUAAACAAAAUCGACCGUUAACACCACGUGAUCCAAUAACAUUUAAACCUGCACUAGGCUGGUAUUCAGGAAAGAACGGUCAAGUAUACCAGUGGAGUGACAAUGUGGUUCGAACGGUUAAUCGUACUUGGUUAAGUGCUUUUGGAACUUUUAAAAAAUUAGCGCACAUUGUGGUUUUACCGACUGUUGUACGUAUCGCCAGAUCAUUCUACAACUGUCCGAAUCUUGAUGGUGUCGAGUUAGAAGAUGAGGAUGAUGCGGGAGUGUAUCUAACACACUGGGAGAAACGCCUUUUAGAGAAUGAUUUAAUGACGGCAACAUACACAAAUUCCUUUCGAAUUUCACCGAUUACUCUGGCAAUGAUGGAGGAUACCGGCUGGUACAUCCCAAACUAUGCAUUAUCUCAGUCUUUCAGUUGGGGUAGAGGUCGAGGAUGUACAUUUGCAAUUGGCAGUUGUUUAGAAUACAUGCUAGAACAAAGUCGUGGUGGUCAUCCAAUUACACCGUUUUGUCAACAGUUAACUUCAAGCUUUCACAACAAAAAUAAUGGAUUACAGGUUAGCUGUACACCUGGUGAAGAAAGUUAUGGAUUUUGUAACCUAAUUGAAUAUUCCAAACCAUUGCCUGAUGAAUAUGUAUAUUUCGUUAACACAAAUUUCUCGACUGUUACACUGAAUUCUGAAAUCAAUCUAGGUACUGGAACCUUAACUAAUCAGUAUCCUUUGGUUAAAUUAGGAGGAAAAAUAGCUUUGGCUAAUUACUGUCCAUAUCAUCAGGAAAUUGAAUGGGAAGAUGAUGUAGGAAAAUCAAUUGCUAAUACUCAUUGUCAUGCAUCAACUAAUUUGAAAGAUCCACAUCACAACUUUAAACUUGAACGAUUUGGUAUGGAUUCUGUUUGUGUAGAGCAUAGUCCCAACUGGCACUUAAUUAAUGGAGACUCCUUAUUUGUUCCGCCAGUGGAAGGAGCUGGAUGUUACACAGUAUGAUUUGAAAAAUUUCCCCCAUGAUUAUGUCUAGCGCGCUUAAUCUUCUGAACACUGUAGAACAGCAAAAGACCUCGUUUUCAGUUUUACCCUCAUUCAUUCAGUAUAUGAAAUUACUUCGUAACUAUUCUUUAUUGAAGCGCAACGCAUUUGUGCACAUUCAUUUGUUUCAUAUAUAUUACUGCAAUAUUAUGAUAGUCACUUUCUUAUUUUAUCUAAUGCGUCACACUGGUGAAGAGCAUAUCUAAAAUACUGAAAAAUUUCAUACAUCCUUUGUAACCUAUGAGUUUUCUAGCUAUUUAGUAGGAUUUUCAUAUUCUAUAAAAGUAUUCAUGUGAAGCCUAAUGAUUAUUUCUGUACCCAAAUUAUUGGUUGCUAUUAAGAAUGUAUCAUAAAUAUACGUAUCUUUAUCUUCUUUAAAAUCUAUCCUAAGCAUAAUUCAUUUAAACUGUUCACAAAGUUAAUAUGAAAAUGGAAUACUCAAAUCCUUCUGAGAUCACUCCAUAUUAAUUCUUUCUUUUUUAAUCACUUCGAUCUUAUUUAUAAACUUUCAUAAUUCUUAUUUAGCUUACUUUGUCCGUCAUAUUCUACAUUUAGCUGUAUUCUUAUUUAGACAGUGUUUUUGAUUAAUUUUCCCAUUUCUGAGAGCAAAGACCAACUUUUUAUCGUAUUUAUAAUUUAAAAGAUUUGAUUUUUGUUUAGUUUUUACUUAAUUUUUUAGACAAUUUCUGGCUUCUAGUGCAAACUAAUGACAGUCGAAGAUUUAUUUCAAACUUAAGGAUGCCAUAAACUUUCCCAUCUUAUUCUAGGACUGCAAGCACCCAUAAUAAUCCCAUAGAAGUUAAUUAUAGUCAGUUUAUCGAUAGGCUAAAGAUCAUUAAACGUAGGAGUUAAUAAAUGUAGGAGAGAAGUUG